AUGGAACAAACUGUAUUGAAAAAGGUGAAUGCUUUGCUUAUGCUGAAAGCGAAGUUGCUUGCAUAAUUGAAGGAACUGAUGGUAAUUUUACCUUUAAUAAGAAUUCUUCAACAUUUAGGUUAAGACAAUCCUCUAAUGAUUCAAUUUUAACUUCUACUCAUUAUGUAUUUAUGUAUUUAUGUAUUUAUGUAAUUUUAAUUUAAAAUCUCGAUAGGAUUUAAAGUCCAACUCAUCAACUCUAUCAACUCAAUCCAGCUAAUAAAUGUGCCGUAAAUGGAUCUAAAUGUAUAUCCUUGGCUGGCUAUUCAUCAUAUGCAAAGUAGGAGGAAAUUUUUGGAUCAAGAUAUAAUGUUGCUUGUAGUGAAGGUGGAACUGAUUGUGUUUUUAUGUUCAAUCCAACUUCAGGUUCCACUACUAAUGGAGUUUGCAAUUUUAUUUACUCAAUGUUCAUUGCCAAUUCGGAUUAACACGCUUUUUAAUUUAUGCCCUUAAACUGCAAAUUAAAUCUUGCGAUUGGAACUACUCCUAGCUCAUGUUUUGAUCAUACUUGUCAAUCGGGCUGCUAAAGGGACAGCCAACUGUGUCACUAUCGCAACUUUUGAUGACAAGAAAUAUACUGUUUGUCAACCUAAAGGAAAAAAAUUGUUGUAGGUGAACCAAGUUCCUUAACUAAGAUACUUGCCAUAAAAUGAGUUAAUUCAUCAAUAGGUGGAAUGUUUAGACAAAGAAAUGUAUGUAUUUGAAACAGAUCCUCCUCAAACAAUAAUUCAACAUCUGUUAAUAAGAGUUCAGAUAAUAAAUUUUUAUAUCCUUUGUAUCCUGAAGUACAAAAUGAAUUGA